GUCAUCCGUAAACGCAUUUGAAAAUUCUAACACGCACAAAGCUUCGUCUUCAUAAUCUGUUCGAAAGAUCAUAUGUGACCGAAUGCAAAUGUUCCUUUCAUUGAGAACAUUGAUCUCCACUUUGCUGGUGUAUUGAUAAGCUAUAGAUAUCAACGGCAGAAAGCAAAAUUCAGGGUCAUGUUGAGCCAUCCGAUUCUUUAUCAAAACGGCGAUGCUUCCGUGACAUUGAUUGACAUUCCUGCCUCUAUUGGUCAUGCACAUGGAUUCGAAGGACGCAUACUGUCCUGCGAAGCACGUCAUGAGCCUUUCCAUUCGACAGAGCCGAAGACACAGAGGGCUAAGGAACACGUGCUCGCUAGGACAAAACAAUCAGAACACGAUGUAAUAUAUGCACAUUUGGUUGACGCAGCUUUGAGCAACAUUAGAGACAAUCAUCAAGGAGCAUGGGUCUACCCUCGCUGGUUUCGCAUGCCAGGAUCUAUGCAAGAGACUGAGAAUAUCUCUCCCGAACACAGGAUUAGUAAACUGUUGCAAGAGGCUUCCAAGGUCAACAAUAUAAAACUGUUUCGAGUCGCAGUUACAGAACAACGGGAUACAAUUGCUAUAAAGCAAUGGGAUGGUACCUACUGCAAUGACUGCGAUGAGACCGCCGAGCUGCACAUUUCGGGCCUCAAAUCGGGUGAUAAAAGCAGAACAGACCAGACUGUUCGUCUGGAAACCUUUAAUUUCUCUAUACCGCCCCAGUCCUCGUUCCUCUUAGCGGACUGCAUCGCUACGGAUCGGUUUCGCAAUUUCGUUCGUUGGAUGUCACAAGAAUACAACAAACCUCGGAACUUCAACUUCAUUCUUCUGGAUCCCCCGUGGGAAAACCGGUCGGCGAAGCGCCGGGCGGCAUAUGAGACCAACAGCGUUCACUCGUUGAUUGAGAACAUGGAUCUUUCAAAUUACUUGGCUCCCGGUGGGUUUGUAGCCAUAUGGGUGACGAACAAGUCCGCGCACCGUGAACUCGUUCUCGGAGCUGGAGGCAUUUUUGAAUCAUUGAACGUGAGCUUGGUUGAAGAGUGGAUAUGGAUCAAGACAACCGCAAAAGGCGAGCCGGUCAUGCCGGUCGAUGGGCUAUGGAGAAAACCAUACGAAGUUCUGCUUCUCGCUCGAGCACCGGAAACACGGCUGCAGCUUGCUCGGCCUGUGGAAAAUGUCACCAGACGCAUUCUUGCGGCCGUGCCUGAUUUCCAUUCACGAAAACCAUGCAUCAAGACACUAAUUGAACCUCUUCUACCGGAGAACUAUCAAGCCCUUGAAGUCUUUGCAAGGUAUCUCGUCCAAGGCUGGACUUCGUGGGGCAAUGAGGUACUGAAGUACAAUCACGAAAGCACUUAUGAGACGAAAGGGCCUUCGCUGUGAUCGUCAUAUAUAUGAGAGAAUUCAAGCCAUGCUUUAUCCAACAGAUCAGCAGAUUUACGAGCAUAUGGGUUAAAUGCUGUAGGCAAAGUUCACUCAGUACUGCGUUUUUGAUGCCGAACAAUCUGGGCGGUUCAUAUCACAAGCACGCAGAAUAUUUUAACCUGCCUAUCUUGUCCGAAAUAUGAAGGCCGCAAUUUACUUGCUGAAAAUCGUCAUUAUGCGAGGUUAUCCGCACGAAGGGGAUUUGAAACUACCGUCAACGUACAGGUAACAACUAGGCUUACAGCUGUUCAGCCAAGUGCAUGUUAAGACAUGAUGUACAAUAUCAGCUACGUCGCAAUGAGGUAGUCGAAGGAGUGUUAUUGGGGCCCUCUUGCAUUUACCGAGAGCUAGAAAACCUAGGCCUUUAACUUGAGAUCAACACGAACAUCUUUACUGGAAUGAUCACCGCGUUCAAAACUCGGGACGCUGAUUCUGUAGACGGAUUUGGCCACAGGUCACACUGCAGGGGAGUACAUGGCU